UUCUGCUUUUAAUAUUUAGCAAAUCUGUGCCUUAUCAUGGCGUCCAUCCUGGUCAAAAUGUCCAUUUGUGUAACUUUUACUAUAUUAUCCAUAUAGACGAUCAUAGUAGGAAUAUUGACCCAAUUCGGAGGUGGUAAUUGCCGUAUUCGGAUCACUAUGGUGAUGCGUUUUGGGGCGUUCCAUUUGAUCGUUUUUAAAGAAUGUGUUUACUAAUUCAUUAGAUACAUUUAUGUAAAAUAAUAUCGAAAUAUAAAAGAGGGGAAAACAUGGUGUGGUUUACAUUCAACCGUUACAUCUAUAUUAUACAUACAAUUGUGAAACAGAAUUACAAAUUUUUUAAUGGAACAUUCGCACUUGCGCAGUAGCACGCUAGCAUUGUUUACAAAGAGGUCGACCACAGCAUUAGGGAUAUAACUAAAUAGUCUUUAUGGGGUUAAAUAGUAUACAUACAUAAACACAGUGUCACAGCAAGAGCUAAUAAUGCACCCGUAGGGCUAUUAACAGUAUCAAAAUAAAAGUCAGGUAUGAUACAUAUUCGUAGCUACUAGUUGUCAGAUAAGUAGCUGUUAGCUAGCGUUGGCCCGUCGCAUUGAGUCCUGCUGGACCUAGAAAUGGCACUGCAGGGCUUCCGGUAUUUUGGGAACGUAUUCAGUCCGAAGAAGAUCCCUCCAAGGAAAUCAGCAUCGUUAUCAAGCCUUCAUACAUUGGAUCGUUCCACACGGGAAUUGGAGCUUGGCCUUGAAUAUGGACCGCCUGUGAUGAACAUUGGAGGACAGACUUUAAAAUUUGAAGAUGGCCAGUGGAUAACAGACUCCGGUGGAAAUGUAUCCGUAAAGGAAGUUGAGCGACUCAAGAAAAAAAACAUACAGCUGGAGGAAGAAAACAAUAUUCUGAAAUUAAAGAUUGAAAUUCUUCUUGACAUGGACACCGGAAGUCGGCAGACCCGUCAGCGAUCCUGUUCUGUCUCCCCGUAAUGUUUGUCGGAUCUUGAAUAGGAUGGUGCUGAAAAUGUAAAUUUUCCUGAAGGAACUCUCCUGAAGGAAUAAAUAAAGUACUAUCCAUCUAUCUA